AUGACAUCUUCGUUUCACGAGUAUCGUUCCGGUCAGCCACAAUUUCAGUUACAGCGAUUGCUUGAUGCUUUUGAGAAAGAGCAAAAAAGUUUCAGCGACGAAUCAACGCGGUCGAUUCGUGCUCUUGAGGAAAGAUGUAGGCAAUUUUCGGACAAUCAGGCGAUCUUCCAAGUACGACUUCUUGAAAAGGAUUCCGAAAUACAACUAUUAAAAGCGCAGCUUAGUACACGCGCUGCCCUCGAUGAACAGCUUCGACUGUCGAAAACAAAGCUCGAUGCCGAAUUACUCGAGAAUAAGAGUAAAACUGAACAAAUUCGUGUUUUAACGGAGCAAGCCGAAAUCGUUAAAAUACAACACGACAGUGAGAUUCGGGAAAAAGAUAAGUUAAUCAGCGAACUAUUCUCGAAGCACAGGGCAGCAGAGGAUGUAAGCAAGCUAGCGCUUGAAAAGAAUGUGAAGCUCCAAUGCGAAAUCGAUGAGCUCAAACAACAGGUCCGUAAAACUUUACACUGUUUUUAUGCGUUUCUGCUGUGCAAGGCUAUAGCAGCGUCAUAG